AUGCCUUGGAAAAUUGAGGAAAUCAGGGACUUUCUGUUCACAGCAUGGCGGAAGGAUGCCAAAUCUGUCAAGGUCAAGAAGAACAAGGUUAAUGUGAAGUUCAAGGUUCGCUGCAGCAGCCACCUUUACACCCUGGUCAUCACAGACAAAAUGAAGGCCGCGAAGUCGAAACAGCCCUGCCCACUGGUUUGGCAGUGA